UUCUGCCCUCUCGCGGCGCCCGGGCCCGGCCAGCAGCUGUGCUACGCUCUCGUCUUUUCGCUCGGGCAGGCGGCGCCUCUCGGCUUUACCCGCACGCCCUUCCUACUCCCAGUGGUGACAGGACGCGGCGAAGCGGCGCGGCGGGCGGAGCGCUCCCCCGGCAGCCUCGCCGGUGCACGGCAUCGCCGCUUGCAGACAGGCAGGUCUUCGGGCGGCCGCCGCGCUCCGGUUGGGCGCCCCCCUCGGCUGUUUCCGGAGGAAGGAGAAGCGCAGCUGCACCCUCCCCCCUCUCCGCCUUCCUCCCCCUCCUCCUCGCUUGCUCCCUCCCUCCCGGCCCCCCCUCGGCGCGAGUCGAGCGCGGAGUCACCGCGGCGCACAGACGGGCCCGGCGGCGGCGGCACUCGCACACAAUGGCGCUGAAACGCAUCAACAAGGAACUUAGUGACUUAGCCCGUGAUCCUCCAGCUCAGUGUUCAGCAGGUCCCGUUGGAGAUGACAUGUUUCAUUGGCAAGCCACAAUUAUGGGACCUAAUGACAGUCCAUAUCAGGGUGGCGUAUUCUUCUUGACUAUUCACUUUCCUACAGACUACCCUUUCAAACCACCUAAGGUUGCAUUUACAACAAGAAUCUAUCAUCCAAAUAUUAACAGUAAUGGCAGCAUUUGUCUUGAUAUUCUAAGAUCACAGUGGUCUCCUGCUUUAACUAUUUCUAAAGUUCUCUUAUCCAUUUGUUCACUGUUAUGUGAUCCAAAUCCAGAUGACCCACUAGUGCCAGAGAUUGCACGUAUCUAUAAAACAGACAGAGACAAGUACAACAGAAUAUCUCGGGAAUGGACUCAGAAGUAUGCCAUGUGAUGCUACCUUUAAGUCAGAAUAACCUGCAUUAUAGCUGGAAUAAACUUUAAAUUACUGUUCCUUUUUUGAUUUUCUUAUCCGGCUGCUCCCCUAUCAGACCUCAUCUUUUUUAUUUUUUUGUUUACCUCCUUCCAUUCAUGCACAUGCUCAUCUGAGAAGACUUUAGUUCUUCCAGCUUUGGACAAUAACUGCUUUUAGAAUCUGUAAAGUAGUUACACAAGAACAAUUGCCCAAGAUUCAGAAAUUUUUUUUAAUGGAGCAUGUGUAUUAUGUGGCCAAUGUCUUCAUUCUAACUUGGUUAUGAGAUAAAAACAAACAUUCCUCACUGCUCUAACAGAUACUGAAGAUAUCACCUGAAGGGGGGAGGGGAGAUUGAUGUUCAUUUUUCUCCCAUCAAAGAAGUAACAUUGCUGUAGCGACAUCCAUCUUGUUCCACACCUUCCAGUGUUAGAGAACUGAGGUUUUACUAUAUACUUUUGCUCAUAACUGAUGUGUCUGGAGAAUUGGUACUGAAUCUAUAGCAUCAGCAGAACAGAAAAUGUGAUGUAUCUUAUGCAUGUCAAUAAAAGAAUGACCAGUUCUUGUUUUACAGAGAAUGGAAAUUGGAAGUCAAACAUCCCUUGUAUUCCAAAAUAGGGUCUAAGAACAUUUUUGUAAUUCAUUUAAAUUUUGUUAGGAGGCUUGGAGCUAUUAGUUAAUCCGUCUUCCAAAACACUGUUUAAUAUAGCACUGAAUAAAUGAUGCAAGUUGUCAAUGGAUGAGUGAUCAACUAAUAGCUCUACUAGUAAUUGAUUUAUUUUCUUCAAUAAAGUUGCAUAAACCAAUGAGUUAGCUGCCUGGAUUAAUCAAUAUGGGAAACAAAAUCUUUUGUAAAAGCAAAGCUGGUUUUUGUAUAUACUGUUGGGAUUUGCCUCAUUGUUUAACAUCAAAUAAUGAUGUAAAGUUCAAUAGAGUGACUCUUUUGCCAUUUUCAGUUAUGAUGCUCAGUCCGUUGCAGGUUGACACAUUGUUCGGCCUGGCGUAUGCAGGAUUAAUAAGCUAACAUAGUAGUGUAGCCUUAGCAGCGUGCUACACAUGGUGCUGGCAGCCCAGCGUUCCGGGGUGGACUUGGGGCCUGGCAGAUCUGAAGUGGUGUGUUGUGGAGAUCCUUCCUGAUGCACCUGUGUUUGCUGACUGAGAACCUUUUCCUUCACCUUGUACACUUAACAGCUGAAAGAUCUCAAUCUGGAAGUAAUGAUGAGGCAAAAACAAAUAUAAAAUAAAGUACUGUUUUGAUGUGGGAAUUGUCAUGAGGCUGUGUUGAAGUGACUUUUACUAUGUGGGAUGUUCGUUACCAUUGAAAAGGACUUGUUCAGCCACGUUGCCAUUUACAUUGAUGACUAUUUUAAUGCAACAGACACUUUCCUCAUGUCAGGUAACUAAACGUGAAUAAAGAUUCAUUGCUAUUGGA